AUGACAUAUAGAUCGUGGUAUCUAUCUAUCUAUAUAUCUAUGUAUGUAUGUAUGUAUGUAUGUACGGAUGGAUGGAUGGAUGCAUGUAUGUAUGUUCAUAUCUAUCUAUCUAUCUAUCUAUCUAUCUAUCUAUCUAUCUGUCUGUCUUUAUGUAUGUAUGUCUAUCUGUUCAUAUCUAUUUAUCUAUCGAAGGCUAUCCAUAUCUAUCUAUCUAUCUAUCUAUCUAUCUAUCUGAAUGUCUGUCUGCUCAUAUCUAUCUAUCUAUCUAUCUAUCUAUCUAUCUAUCUAUCGAUUUAUCUAUCUAUCUAUCUGCUUGUCAAGCUGAAGUUCCAAUUUUCUUUCUUUUUUUCUUUCUUUUUUUCUUUCUUUCUUCAAUACUUCACUUUAACCGUCUCCCUUCUUUCUUUCUUGCUUACUAGCGUAUUGCUCUUUUAUUUUCAUAUUUUCUUUCUUUUUCAUUAUAUCCCUUUUUUCUGUCGACAUCCCAUUUUUUUACAUUUCUUUCAUUUCCAAAAUAUACGUCCUCUACACCGGAAGGCUCUCUUUACUUCAACCUCCAUUUUGUUAUUCACCUUUCCAAUGCUUUUCAAUUUCCGUUUCUCCUUUGCAUUUUUCUUAAUCGCCAUUCUUUCUAUUCGUUGCGUUCUUUCGAGCUACUCCAUCUUCCUCACGCUUGCCACUUCUUUUAAAUCACUUUCCUCUUCCGACUUAAUUUUCAUUCUUUAUAUUAAACACUCUUCACUAUUACUAUCUAUUUCUGUUUUAUUUAUUGUCAUCCACUUUAUAUUCUUUCCUUUGCCACAGCUUUCUUCGUUUUUCUUCUCUAUCUUCCGUUUUCUUUUUCUUACAUUAUUUCUUUUUUCUUUCUUUCUUUUUCUAUUUGUCUUUCGUUCGUUCUUUCUUUAUCUACUUACUUUUUCUUUCUUCCUUUUUCUAUUUCUUACUUUUUCUUUCUUUUAUUCUUCCUUUUUCUUUCUUUAUCUUUCCUUCUCUAUUUCUGUCUUUCUUUCUUUUUCCAUUUCUUAUUUUUCUUUGUUUAUUUCUUUCUUCUUUUCUUUCAUUUAUUCUUUCUUUCUUUUUUGCAUUCUCUCUUUUUUCUUUCUUUUUUUAUUCUUUCUUUUCUUUAUUUCUUUCGCUUAA